AAGAUGUGGGUCUUUCUGCUUUUUGUGGGUGUCACAUCAGCUUUUGCUGAAGUUUCCGUUCACAGAUUUGAUGGAGAGAAAGUCUAUCGGGUAACCCCUCACCAUGAAGAGCAGAUAGAUGUCCUCAUCUACAUGGCCAACAAUAUGCAGAUUGAUUUCUGGUCCCCAGCUUCUGCUGAGCAAGUGAAAACAGGAAUGACUGUAGAUUUCCGGGUCGAGGCAGACGCAUAUUCUGAAGCUGAGACUCUCCUGCAACAAAAUGGACUGGACUAUGACAUUUUGAUUGAUGACCUUCAGACCACACUCGAUGAGCAGUUUGACAACCAUGCCCGGUCCGCGGGAUACCAGUAUGAAAAAUACAACCCGUGGGAAAAGAUAGAGGCUUGGACAGCCAACAUGGCUAAUGAACACUCAGAUCUCGUCUCCCGGUUGCAGAUAGGAACAACCUUUGAGGGACGCCCAAUGUACGUCCUGAAGGUGGGAAAGCCUAGUGCUGGUAAAAAAGCCAUCUUUAUGGAUUGUGGCUUCCACGCCAGAGAAUGGAUCUCGCCUGCAUUCUGCCAGUGGUUUGUGGGAAAGGCUGUCCAAACCUAUGGAACAGAAACCAUCAUGACCCAGCUUCUGGACCACUUGGACUUCUAUGUCUUGCCUGUCUUGAAUAUUGAUGGCUAUGUCUACACUUGGACUAAGUCUCGCAUGUGGAGGAAGACUCGUUCUGUAAAUCCUGGCACUAACUGCAUUGGUACUGAUCCCAACAGAAAUUUUGAUGCUGGAUGGUGCACUGUUGGCGCGUCAAAAAAUCCAUGUGAUAGCACCUAUUGUGGCUCAGCACCUGAAUCAGAAAAGGAGACAAAGGCCUUGGCUGAUUUCAUUCGUAAGCACCGCUCAACCAUCAGGGCUUACUUGACCAUUCACUCUUAUUCUCAGCUGCUGCUGUUCCCUUAUUCUUACACUUUUGAUGUGACAAAGGACAAUGUGGAGCUGCACGCCCUUGCUAAAGCUGCCGUCAAGGAACUAGCCACAGUGCACGGGACAAAAUACACAUAUGGCUCAGGUGCUGCAACUAUCUAUCCAGCUGCUGGUGGCUCUGAUGACUGGGCUUACAACCAAGGCAUCAAAUAUUCCUUCACCUUUGAACUUCGUGACACCGGCCGAUAUGGCUUUGCUCUUCCAGAAUCUCAGAUCAAGCCCACCUGUGAGGAGACCAUGGUUGCAAUUAAAUUAAUUGCCAGCUAUGUCCUUGAACAUCUGUACUGAAGCAGCUUUCAAGGGUUAUUAAAGAACCUUGAUUGACAAA